CAACAUUUCUGUUCCUCCCGCCCUGCAUUUUUGCAGGGCAGAGAGGCGUAGAGAUAAUAUAAUCACACGAUUAUGGAAGAUAAAAUAACCAGCAACGUCAUGGUCAUCCACAACGGUCCUGCAAAUCUUAUUCCAAAUGGGGGGGAAAAGAAGAAACGAUUCAGUCUAUUCAAGACCGCAAUGGUUAUGUUACGUGGUCGCCCGGGCGAAAAAUCAAAGGCAAAAAUCUCAAUAAACGUUUCUAAACAUCAUGAUAAUUCUAAUAAUUCUGAUGAAAACUGGAAGAAGCUUGUUGGGUCAAUGCGGCCUUUACAUUCGCAGGACAGCCGAUCUCCGCAGCCAAUGAAGGCUUUCUCUAGGCCAUCAACAUCGUCGGACGAUGAUUUUUUUGGAUCAUCUUCGUCAUUUUCCACCUCCUCUUGGGGAACACCGAGCAAUUAUGGAUCAACUAAUAAUCUUCAAGAAUUAACCGGAUUAGGAAGAAUGAGGCAAAGUGAAUCGACAAAUAGUUUAAGCAGCAAAAUGUCGGAUACCAUGAGUAGGUACGCCUCUGCUCUUAAUCUUCAUGAUUUAGACAUGGAAGAAGAGGUCGAUGCAGAUGUUGAUGAUGAGGAACAGAAUGAUAGUGUGCUUGAAAAAUAUUGCGAGGCAGAUGACAUGAUUGAUUCCAAGGCAGAUGAGUUCAUUGCAAAAUUCUAUGAUCAAAUGAAGAGUCAGUAAUAGAAAACGAGGAGCGCUUUAAGUACAUUAUUCGUGCGGUCUUGUAAACAAAUCUUCGGUUUUUCUGUUUCAUAUUCAAUCAUAACCUUUAAUCUUUAUAGUAGGCUUUUCUUGUGUUAUGGGCUGAGAGACGGACAGUGAAACAGAAAAAUCAA